CCUGAUGUCUCCAUUCCAUCACAGUCUAUAUAAGUUUAUCAAAUUGGUUCCCCAACAAGAGCUUCGUGCUAAGCGUCCAUCGCCUUCAUCUUCAUUCCAAACAACAAUCAACAAAGGAUGAACAACAAUUAUUUCGUCGCUAGGACGCUAAUGGUAAUGGGAAGAUCGAAGGCUUUGAACUCAGAUCCUACCUUUCCUCCAUUGGAGAGCUCAUAUCACCUAAGGAGGCUCAAGUUAUGAUUAUUGAUCUGGAUGCAGCAGGCGACAACAACUUGAUGCUCGAUUUCAAAGAUUUUGAGAAGUUGAUGGAGCGUGAAGGUGGGGAUAAUGAUCUGAAAAGAGGCUUUGAGAUGUUUGCAUUGAAGGGUUCUGGGUUCAUUACAACAGAGAGCUUGCAGAGGAUGUUCAGUGCUCUUGGAUACAAAAUUUCAAAUGAAGAGUGCAAGACAGUCAUACAGGUAUUCGACCUCAAUGGCGAUGGUGUGCUUGAUUUCUCUGAGUUCCAGCAGUUGAUGGCUUAAUCAUGAUAUCAAUGUUUGCACCUGUUCUAUGUUUGAGUGUUAGCUUUUGCAAAUAAGUUUACAGUCUGUUCUAAAAGUAAUGGCCUUUCCUCUGUUUGGUUAAGAAGUCCCAAUGCAAGUGGGGUUAGGCAAUAGGGCUGUAAUUGUGUCUG